UGCUCUAACUGUACACAGGCAAAGAUGGCGGAUGACAAGGACCCGUUCAGGGAGCUAAAGGAUCUGGCUCUGCUAAAAGGACAGCUGGAGAAUAUUCGUCAGCGCAUUGAAAGUGAGGUGCAGGAUGGAGUUCCCCAGGGUGGGAGUGUUCUGGGAUCACCCUUCCUUAAGGGGCUCCUGGCUGGAUAUAUCGUGGCAAAACUACGCUCAUCAGCCAUUCUGGGAGUCCUUUUGGGAACCUGUACAGGCAUCUAUGCUGCACAAAGCUAUAAAGUACCCAACAUUGAGCAGACCAUUAAGGGAUAUUUCAGCUCAAAGAAAAGCAGAUAAAAUUGUGGACACCACUUUAGAAAAUAUUUCUUAAAUGCCUUUUUUUCAAACCUUCCAGGUGGCAUUAUAUAAUGCAGUAUUGCAUUGAUUAAUAUACCAUGGUUACCAUGGUAAAGAUUGGAUAAAAAGUCAGAAAAUUGUCGAAUUAGCUUAAACUUACACUAAAACUAAGAUAGAAAAUGCUAUAUUUAUGUUUCAUCUGACCAUAAACCCACUUUUAAUUGAAGUUUUUGCCUCUAGCAAACAUCAAACACAUAUGUUUGAGUUUAGAAGAACGAAAGGGCUUUCUUCUAGCAUGUGUUGGAGAUUUAGAGACUUGUGACUUUCCAAACUUUCCAAUCAUGGUCCUUAGAGAAAGUUUUGCCUUUCUAAUUACCGUCUCCACAUGGCAACUUUCAAGCAGUUUUUAAUGACUUUUUUUUACCCAUCUUUACCAAGGGUGCCCCAAACAUUGUAGAGCUGGUAUUAACUGAUUGGCAAUAUAUAAAGAAACACAAAGUUGAGUUGAGCAUUAUGCUCCAUAACAGUAAGAUUAUGACAGUAAGUGGAGUCAGCAUCAGUUUCAGAACUUUCACUGAUAUCUAAAAAGAUUAUCUGAAUUUUUACAUUUCUGUUAUAUUUUUGGGGGACUUUGAUCUCUGAAAGUAUUAUUGGUGCUUCUUCAAACAUCCAAUAUUGCCUUAUUCAACAUUCCUCUCAUGCUUUUCAGUAUAAUGUAAUGUACUUAUUUAAAUCAUCCAUGGUGCCAACAAAUGUCUAGCUGCGACAGUCUGUACUGUUUGUACCUCUGUGUUUCUAAUGGAGUAAUGAUCGGGUGUGUUCAUAUGCUGUUCAUAUGCUGUUAAAUGGGAGCUAUUUAGUGUAAAGGUGAUUGAAAUGAUUGACUGCUAUGCAGUCUGUUUGAAACAGCUAUAUCAUGUUCAAUUUUUUUAUCAAUCGCUUUAGUUUGGUCAGGGUCACGGCAGGUCCGGUUCCACCGGGAAACACUGGGCACCAGGCAGGAACACCCUGGACAGGGUGCCAAUCCAUUGCAGAGCAUUGGCCACCCCCUAUAGACAUAGCCAACGUAGAUGCCUGACUGGUCGAUAACACCGCUGAGAUUCAAACCCGGAUUUCAGUGGUGGUGGGCUAGCACCUGUAUCCUGUUCAUCCAGUGCUAAAUACUCUUAAGACAGUGUAGUGUAUAUUUCUCUUUGGCUAUCUGUAUUCUAAACCAAAAAGUAAGACUAAUUAUACUGGUGUUUUACACAGUUGUGAUUCUGUUGUAUUGUUUUUAUGCCAACCAUUUCAAAAAGAGGGUUUUUUUCUAGCAUGUCAUUUAAAGGGAAUUCCAAUCUAUUAUGGUCUGUUACAUUAUGUCAUAUUCAUAAAUACUUUCAUUGCUUCUAUAUUAUUAUGAGUCCUGUUUUAUUUGUCUGUUUUGUUCAUUUAUUUUUAGAUGAAGUAACAUAGCUGGCUUGUUGAUAUAACAAAUCAUAUUAGGAAGUAAAUCAAAUGUAAAAGAGUUAAACCCAAUUGCAGGAGGCUUAACGUGUUUUAUUUAAUCCUUACAUGUAAACUCAUGUUAUAUAACUAAGUGGCAAUUAUAUUUAUUAAUUAAUAUUUUAUUGUGUUGUGUAUUAAUAUAUGUAUUAAUCCACAACACAAUAAAAUGUGAAAAUGUGGUAAUUACUUGGAAUUUGUCAUUUGAAUUGAUAUAAAUUUAAUUAUAUAAUGUUAAAAUUAUCAUUGGUUGUCUGGACACAUUUCAGAAUUUACAGACUUUCCACAAUCUUGUGUUCAUCACAGAGAAACAAAAGCUAUUAUAGCCAUAAAAGGGGAGUGAACUCCAAGUUCUUGGUCAGGUGUCCACAUAACUUUGGCUAUAUAGUGUAAACUGCAUGGGAAAAGAUUAGCUUCAGUUUAGCUGUAGUUAACUAUACAUGUACAACGUAGUUUUGACCACCUAAUGCAAAAUCAUGUCAGUACCAAACGUUAACAAAAAAAGUCACUGGUCACUGGUUAAGACGUACAUAUUUUUUAAAGAUUCAGCUUCAAUUCACAUUGUUACACUGAUUUUAUGAUUUGUAUUUACAAACACUGCAAUAAACAAGUAAACAUGCUUUUGCCUCCACUGUAUAUCACAAAUAAACAGAUACUAAACAACUGUAU